GUGUUAGUCACUGUAGACAAAAAAACACAUCUUAUGUCUAGCCACCCUUGCCUGUCAGACAGCGCCGAGGAAUCACAGCCCUGUAGUCCACAUUGAAUGACAUUUAGUUAUAAUGUGAAGCAUGGCCGGGGAGAGCGAAAAGAAAGCUGUACUGGAAAUGGUCCAGGCAGAUGGUGCUGAUGAGGGCUGUGUGACAUUUGUGCUGCACGAUGAAGACCAUACACUGGGCAACUCCCUCAGAUAUAUGAUUAUGAAGAGCGGUGACGUAGAGUUCUGCGGCUACACCAUCACCCAUCCCUCUGAGAGCAAGAUCAACUUUCGCAUUCAGACUCGAGGGGGACUUCCAGCUACAGAGCCGCUGCGGAGAGGCCUGAAUGAGCUCAAUGAUGUCUGCCAGCAUGUUCUCAACACCUUUCAGGCAAGGGUUAGUGAAUUCAAAGAUGGGCAAGAGCAACCCAUGGAUUGAAGAGCAUGACAUAUGUGUGCCAGUGACGCUGUCAAGACACAGUUUCUCAACACAAGCUGUAAAAACAGGACAUGGAUUUCUCACAUUUUGGAUAUCUAUGAGUUAGAUGAAGAAAAGUUCACCUUGAAAAUGUGUGUACAGUUUUUUAUUACAUUAUGUUGAUUUGAUGUUUGAUAGACGUGUGUGAUAAAUGUGUAUCUGUCCUGUGUUGAUCAUUCCCAAAUCUCUGGAAGGAUAAGUAAAAGACAUUCUAGACAGUAAA